ACGUGCUCUAUUACGCGAAUUUUAUCCUAUCCGAGCCGAUUCCAGCAAUAAUUCUUCCCUUGAGUCAUCAGUGAGCUUGUUAUUGUUGCGAUAAUUGAAAAGCGUAAGUCUGAGUGUGCUCGCUGUAAGUUUAAAGGGUGCGUCAUCGGAAUUCCAAGGAUCACGAUCACCCAAAAACGAUUGUGUGUAAGGGUCCGAAAGAAUAAAAGAGGGAAUAAAAGAAGUGUGAAGAAAAUCACGUGAAAUAGAGAGAGAGAGACUGAAAACAAAGGGUAUGGCGAAGACGUAUGAUUAUUUGUUCAAGUUGUUGCUGAUUGGUGACUCAGGGGUCGGCAAGACGUGCGUCCUCUUCAGGUUCUCCGAGGAUGCUUUCAACACGACCUUCAUCUCGACCAUUGGAAUUGAUUUUAAAAUAAGAACAAUAGAAUUAGAUGGCAAGAAAAUAAAACUACAAAUAUGGGAUACAGCAGGUCAAGAAAGGUUUCGUACAAUAACUACAGCAUAUUAUCGUGGUGCAAUGGGUAUAAUGUUAGUUUAUGAUGUGACCAAUGAGAAGAGUUUUGAAAACAUUAAGAAUUGGAUCAGAAACAUUGAAGAAAAUGCUUCGGCAGAUGUUGAAAAAAUGUUAUUGGGCAAUAAGUGUGAACUCACAGAAAAGCGGCAGGUUUCAAAGGAACGAGGAGAACAAUUAGCUGUUGAAUAUGGAAUCAAAUUUAUGGAAACCUCUGCUAAGUCGAGCAUCAAUGUUGAAGAGGCUUUUUAUACUCUUGCACGAGAUAUUAAGGCCAAAAUGGAAAAGAAACUGAAGGAGGCAUCAAAUCCACCGAAGGGAGGAGGACAUCAGCUGAAAGCAUCCGAGCCACAGAGGAAGCCACCAAGUUGGCUUGCACGAUGCUCUAUACUCUGACCCCUCAGCCGGCAUAUCCUUGACCGUCACCCUUUACUCUUUACCUUCGGUCUCCUUCACUCGCUUCACGUCGCGAGUACUUCUGUGAUUUUACUCCUUGACGACCACCUUCGUUUCCCUCCGUCGCUGCCGGUCUCUCUUUUUUACUGAUUAUUCAUAGGAGCUCUUUUAUCUUGGAGGAGAAACUGUCUUUCCUCUAACCUCUAUCUUUCACUCUCUCUUUCUCUUUCUCAAGAAAAAAAGACAGGUCCAAGGGAAUUCUCAAAGGAAACGAUCGCCGAUUGUGAUAAUUUUUGAUAAUUUUUUAACGACGCUCGAACAUCACUGUACAUCAUGUCGUUUCCUCUUCACGUUUCAUAAUAAAGUACCGGAGUGCAAUUGAUCGAGCAGUCAUAGAACGCUUAUACUGUGUAAAGUUGACGUAGAAUCGAAGGAGGUUAAUUUUAAUU